AGGAAUACAGGCGCGCAGGCAGCAGCGAGCAGCGCCUGGCUGGCUGCCAGAGAAGGGGCAGUGACUGAGCAUUUACAGCAUCCCCGCCUCCCGCAUGCGGCGGGGCAGGGGCUCGGCGCCGCAUCCCCCGCGGCCGGUACCGCACCGCGCUGCGCCGCGCCGCACCGCACCGGGGGGGCCUGAGCGCCUCUGCCGGUGCCCGGGCGGCCCCGAAGGGGUUAAGCCGGGACCUGCCGUCGGGACCUGCCCAGCCAGCCCGGCAACUCGGCGGCGCGCAGCAGGAGCGGGCGGCUACGGCCGCCUCCAGCCCGCGCUCACCAGCAGCGGCACCGGCGGCAGCACCGCGCAGGCACCGGUGAGGCUGUGGCCGUGCUCACUCAUCCCUUCUCCACUGUUCCUGCCUGCCACCAGCAGGUCUCCAGCACCACACAGCCAUGACAACCUCAGCGCUGCGUCGGCAGGUGAAGAACAUCGUGCACAACUACUCAGAGGCAGAGAUCAAGGUGCGGGAGGCCACCUCCAAUGAUCCUUGGGGUCCUCCCAGCUCCCUGAUGUCAGAGAUCGCCGACCUCACCUUCAACACAGUGGCUUUUGCUGAGGUCAUGGGCAUGAUCUGGCGGCGGCUGAACGACAGCGGCAAGAACUGGCGUCACGUCUACAAAGCCCUCACCCUCCUGGACUACCUCAUCAAAACUGGCUCUGAGAAGGUGACCCACCAGUGCCGGGAGAACCUCUACACCAUCCAGACGCUGAAGGACUUCCAGUACGUGGACCGUGAUGGCAAGGACCAGGGCAUCAACAUCCGGGAGAAGGUGAAGCAGGUGAUGGCGCUGCUGAAGGACGAGGAGCGGCUGAAGCAGGAACGGGCACAUGCGCUGCAGACCAAGGAGCGUAUGGCCCUGGAGGGUAUGGGCAGUGGCAGCCACCAGGUCACCUACGGCCGCCGGGCAUCACCCUAUGGUGAAGAUUACAGCCGGGCACGGGGGUCACCCUCCUCAUUCAAUUCAUCAUCGUCAUCCCCACGGUUUGCCUCUGACCUGGAGCAAGCACGGCCCCAGACGACAGGAGAGGAGGAGUUGCAGCUGCAGCUGGCACUGGCCAUGAGUCGGGAGGAGGCAGAGAAGAAGCCACUUCCUCCACUUUCCAGUACAGACGAAGAAAGGCAAUUGCAGCUCGCGCUCGCGCUGAGCAAAGAGGAGCACAAGAAGGAAGUGAGGACCUGGCAAGGGGAGAACUCCCUGCAGCAGAGACCUGUGGAGGAGACUGCCCCAGGCAGGGACGAAGAGCAAGAAGAAGAUAAGAUGAAGAAAAGCCAGUCCUCUAUUCUGGAGCUGGCAGAUAUAUUCGGGCCAGUGCCAGGCCCCUCCAGCCACACGUCUGCUGACCCAUGGGAUAUGACAGAUAUGAAACCCAAAGUGGAGCUGGUGGCCUCUGCCUGGACCGGUGCAGCGGAUCCCUGGGUGCCAGUCCCAGAUCCUGGUGGGGAGCCCCUCUCCCAGGCGAGCGCCUCAUCCCAGCAAACCUCUGCUGGGCCCUGGGACUUUCCCCCCAGCACCACUGCAGCCUCUGACCCCUGGGGGAAGGCACCGAUGUCUUCUGCCUUCCCUCCUGCAGACCCCUGGGGAACACCAUCUCCCCCAGCCCCCCAGGGCUCCAAUUCUACACCAGCUCCUGACCCUUGGGCUGCUGUGCCUGAGCAGCCUCCAACCCCUGCUCCAGGGGGGAAUGCUUUUGACCCGUUUGCAAAGCCACCCGAGCCGCCGGAGCAGGAGCCCUCGCAGCCGCCCUCCUCGGCCAAGUCCAGCAGCCCUGUGGAGCCCGACCCCUUUGGCGACCUGUUCCCCAGCACCAGGCAGGAUGGGGCAAAGAGCUUUGACCUUGCCAACCUGGCUGACUCCCUGCCUGAAUCUGGCAAGGAUCGGAAGGACUGUAAAACCCCCGAGGCCUUCCUUGGCCCUGCCGCCUCCUCCCUGGUCAACCUGGACUCCCUGGUCGCACCUACUCCGGCCUCCAAGACCCGCAACCCCUUUCUCUCGGGUCUGAGCACGCCAUCCCCCACCAACCCCUUCAGCCUCUCCGAGCAGCCCAAGCCGACGCUGAACCAGAUGCGGACCAGCUCGCCAGUGCCCGGCCUGCCCACCGGCCACCCCGCCAACUCCAUGACCUACAGCGCAUCCCUGCCGCUUCCCCUCAGCAGCGUCCCCGCUGCCACCGCUGCCCUCCCCGCCUCUGCCAGUGCCUUUCCGCAGGCUGGCACCUUCCCCGAACUCCCCAGCACCUUGCCGCAGCCUUUACUGCCGCUGAGCGGCCCCCCGGCCCCGCCGUCCGCGCCCGGGGGGCUCAACCCCUUCCUCUGAACCCUCUGGACAUCUGGACAUGUGGACCCCCUUCCCAGCUGUUACAAUGCCCCCGAUCUUUCCUUCCACCAAGACCUGGGGGUUUGCUAAGCUGCACGGGAGGGUGCCCCCACGCAGCCCCUUCCCCGUGCCCACUGUGGGGGGCAGCCAGCAUGAGCCCCCGUGCUUGAAGGGCAACAGGGGAUCCCUUCCCCUGCUAGGGCAAGUGUGGGGGACCACGGUGGGGCUGGCUGGGGGGCAGCCAGCAUGAGCCCCGGUGCUUGACGGGCAGGAGAAAACACCCUUCCCCUGUGAGAGGCCAUGGCGGAGCUCUUACGAAGGGCUGUGGUGCGAGGGCUCCGCUCAGUGGGCCGGGCGGGUGCACGGGGUCCGGUUGCCGGAGAGACCCCCGGCGUGGUGGGGCUUUACCCCAGAGCAGCGGGGAUUUGGGGCAGCGCAGGGCCGGGGGUGGAAGCCGCGGGUCCUCGCACCCCGCGAGGUUCGCCCUCCCUUGGCUGUUCCUCCUCACUCCCGUCCCGCCGCCCCCGGCCCCCGCCCGCUGCUGGGCGCCGCUCCAGGGGCGGAGGCAGCGGUGCUUGGCCGCUGCGAUGGCGGCGGCUGCGGGUGCCCGUGCGACAAUAAACUGCGCUGAGCAACCCAGUGUACA